AAGAGGGAACAGACCAGUGCGACAGUGUCUCUGUUAGCACUUAGCUUACACACACACACACACACACACACCUACAACAGAGAUAACCAUCACAGAGACGGAACUGGCUAACAUCUCUGCUGCCUUUGCUUUGAUGCUUUAGUCUAAAUGGAUGAACAGAGCGAAGGGGAGCAUGUGCUUACGGGUCUAGAUGAGGAGGCAAUAGUUGACCAUGGGAAGACCAGCUUCACCACUCACACAAACUAUGAAAAGGAGGACUUGGAAAGUCACAGAGCAGUGUACGUAGGCGUCCAUGUUCCUUUUGGACGGGAGAGCAAACGUAGGCAUCGCCACCGAGGACACAGACACCACCGAAAGAAGAAAGAGAGAGACUGCGAGGAGGGAAAGGAAGAUGGCAGAGAAUCCCCCACUUAUGACACACCAUCCCAGCGGGUCCAGUUCAUCCUGGGCACAGAGGACGAUGACCUUGAGCACGUCCCCCAUGAUCUCUUCACUGAGCUGGACGAGCUCUCUUUCAGAGAUGGCAGUGCCACUGAAUGGAAGGAAACUGCCAGAUGGCUGAAGUUUGAAGAGGACGUGGAAGAUGGUGGGGAGAGAUGGAGUAAGCCCUAUGUGGCUACCUUGUCGCUACACAGUUUAUUUGAACUGCGUAGCAGCAUACUCAAUGGCACAGUCAUGCUGGAUAUGAGGGCCAACAGUAUUGAGGAAAUUGCGGACAUGGUGAUUGACAGCAUGGUGGCAUCGGGCCAGCUAAAGGAAGAUUUGCGCGCCAAGGUGCGGGAAGCCAUGUUGAAGAAGCACCACCACCAGAAUGAGAGAAAGCUCAGCAAUCGCUUCCCUCUGGUGCGCUCCAUUGCUGAUAUAGGCAAGAAACAUUCUGACCCACUCUUGCUUGAAAGAAACGGAGAGGGCCUGUCCUCUUCACGACUCUCUCUUCACAAGCCAGGGUCAGCCUCCUCUGUCUCCAACCUGUCCCAGAGACGAGAGUCCAGAGUCUCCGUCCUGCUCAACCAUCUCCUGCCCUCUUCUUCCUCCAACACUGGGCCCUCCCCGGGCCCCUCGACCCUGAACACCCCUCACAAUAGCCCCGGUUUCUUCCGGUGCUCCUCACAAAACCUGUCAUGCACCCAUGGCGCAGAUCUUGGCCCCCAAGGCAUUCCUGAGGUGGUAGUAUCUCCUCCGGAGGAUGAUGAUCCACCAAACUCUGCAGAGGAAGAGUCGCCACAGCUCAGACGGCGAGCAUCUUCGGCAUCCCAGGGUCUCGAGCUGCUGCCCUUAGAAGGACCACUGGUGUCUCCAAACUCUCUCCCAAACAAUCUGGACGGCAACAAGGCAAUGGAGAGGAGGCCAUCCAAAGCAGGGGUCAGUAGAGAAAGCAGCAGUGUCGACUUCAGCAAGGUGGACAUGAAUUUCAUGAAAAAGAUUCCUCCAGGUGCUGAAGCUUCCAACGUGCUGGUGGGAGAAGUGGACUUCCUGGAGAAGCCCAUAAUUGCUUUUGUACGACUGUCCCCUGCAGUCCUCAUCACAGGCCUCACGGAGGUUCCUGUGCCCACGAGGUUUCUUUUCCUGCUUUUGGGGCCUCAUGGCAAAGGGCCUCAGUACCAUGAGAUUGGCAGAUCCAUGGCUACACUAAUGACAGAUGAGAUUUUCCACGAUGUGGCAUACAAGGCGAAAGACCGAACAGACCUCCUCUCUGGGAUAGAUGAGUUCCUUGAUCAAGUCACUGUCCUGCCUCCUGGAGAAUGGGACCCCACAAUACGCAUUGAGCCCCCCAAGAAUGUACCAUCUCAGCUGAAGAGGAAGAGGCCGUCCCAGCCUAAUGGCACCGCAUCUCCGGCAGGAGAGCUGGAAAAGGAGGAGGACCAUCAUGCAGGGCCUGAGCUGCAGAGGACCGGGAGGAUAUUUGGAGGUCUGAUCCUGGACGUCAAGAGGAAGUUACCGUUCUACUGGAGCGACAUUCGGGACUCCCUCAGUCUGCAGUGUCUGGCCUCCAUCCUUUUCCUCUACUGCGCUUGCAUGUCCCCUGUCAUCACAUUCGGAGGUCUGCUCGGAGAGGCAACAAAAGGCAACAUAAGUGCCAUAGAGUCUCUGUUCGGGGCCUCAAUGACAGGGGUGGCGUACUCCCUCUUCUCAGGCCAGCCCCUCACUAUUCUUGGCAGCACAGGCCCUGUUUUAGUGUUUGAGAAGAUCCUCUUCAAGUUCUGCAAUGACUACGGCCUGUCCUACCUCUCGCUGCGGACCAGCAUCGGUCUGUGGACAGCCUUCCUGUGUUUGGUCCUGGUGGCCACAGAUGCCAGCUCCCUGGUCUGCUACAUCACCCGAUUCACAGAGGAGGCCUUCGCUGCACUCAUCUGCAUCAUCUUCAUCUAUGAGGCCCUAGAGAAGCUCUUUCACCUGGGAGAACACUACCCUGUCAACAUGCACAACAACUUGGACAACCUUACCUUGUAUUCGUGUCAGUGCUCUCCACCAGCCAACGCCUCGGAUAAGCUUGUGCAGGAGUGGAACCGGACAGGAUACAGCCCAGACUCCAUCCCGUGGAGCAGCCUCAAUGUUUCGAUGUGCAAGGUCCUCCAUGGGGAGUUUCUUGGCCCUGCCUGCGGUCAUCACGGGCCCUACAUCCCGGAUGUUCUCUUCUGGUCCGUCAUCCUCUUCUUCACCACCUUCUUCCUGUCCUCCUUCCUUAAGCAGUUUAAAACAGAGCGAUAUUUUCCCACCAAGGUGCGAUCCACUAUUAGUGAUUUUGCUGUGUUUAUAACCAUCAUGAUCAUGGUGGCAGUGGACUAUCUAAUGGGGAUCCCCUCUCCAAAACUGAAUGUCCCUGAUCGCUUUGAGCCAACUUCAAAAAACCGAGGCUGGCUGAUUGACCCAUUAGGAGGGAAUCCCUGGUGGACGCUGCUGGUAGCAGCGCUCCCAGCGCUGCUCUGCACCAUCCUCAUCUUUAUGGACCAGCAGAUCACUGCAGUCAUUAUCAACCGCAAGGAGCACAAGCUCAAGAAAGGCUGUGGCUAUCACCUGGACUUGCUGGUAGUGGCAGUUAUGCUGGGUGUGUGCUCUGUCAUGGGCCUGCCGUGGUUUGUGGCUGCAACCGUUCUCUCCAUCUCCCACGUUAACAGCCUGAAGGUGGAGUCGGGCUGCUCCGCCCCAGGAGAACAGCCCAAGUUUCUGGGCAUCCGGGAGCAGCGGGUCACUGGAUUCAUGAUCUUUAUCCUGAUGGGUUGUUCUGUUUUCAUGACCUCAGUGCUCAAGUUCAUUCCUAUGCCAGUCCUGUAUGGAGUGUUUCUGUACAUGGGUGUCUCUUCACUCAAAGGCAUUCAAUUCUUUGACAGAAUCAAGUUGUUCGGCAUGCCUGCUAAGCACCAGCCCGAUCUGAUCUAUCUGCGCUAUGUACCGCUGUGGAAGGUCCACAUAUUCACCCUGGUGCAGCUCACCUGUUUGGUGCUGCUCUGGGUCAUCAAGGCCUCCGCAGCAGCCGUAGUGUUUCCCAUGAUGGUUCUUGCGCUGGUCUUUGUCCGAAAACUUCUGGACUUUUUCUUCACCAAGAGGGAGCUGAGCUGGCUGGAUGACUUGAUGCCAGAGAGCAAAAAGAAGAAAGAGGAUGACAAGAAAAAGAAAGCACAAGAAAAGCUGGAAGAAGAGUCCAGACUACAGGAGGAAGAGGAGUUGGGACUGAAGGUCAGCUUUGAAGACUCCAACCUGCUCAACAUCCCAGUGAAAACACUCUCAGGGAGUUCUGAUUCUGACCUCUUGGUUGUAAAUACCUCUGAUGAAAUGGCCAAAAGCGCCACAUGGAAAGCAGUGAACUCGAGUGCAGAGUCACGUGCCCAACCUGUGAAGCGCAGCGGAAGUCAGGAGAAGGUGGCCUGCGUUAGAGUCGACGUCAGCCCGGACGCAGGAGGUGGUUCCACUGCCGAGACCUUCCUGUGAUAAUGGGAGGCCCUUCUAACCCACAUCAUACCUUCUACCACGCAACACUUCACCCCAGUGACGGGCCUCAUCAGGGGGAAAGAACUGGAGCAGCACAGCCCGCCUGCAGUGUUUCCUUCCUCGUGGCAGCAGGCGAACUCCCCCAGGGCUGUGAGUCCACUUAAGUCCACCUGAGUCUGGAAGUGUGCAGCACACGUACAAAUGGCUGCCGUGUUGUGCACUUUAGAGCGCAUAUUCUCAGACAAAUGAAGAAAUUCUGCAGCCACUGCCCACUGAUGCUCACUAUUUAGAAAAUCUCUCAAUCUAGCAAAUUGUCAACCGCUAAACCAUUACAGAUGCCAAAGGAACGGGCCUCACUGCUGGGGAUUUUGGACUGUGUGAACUGAAUUUUACUUUUAACCCACCAUAUAUUUUAAUUUCAGUUUUACUGCUGUUGUUUUACCUGGUCACAGUACUGUACUUUUCGGGUUCUUCGUAGUUCACACACCACGAGCUGUCCUGCACUGUUUGUUUCUGUGGAUUUUUAGGUCGGAUAAAGACCUGCUCAUCCAACUACACCAGCUUCAGAAACUCAUUCGAUUAAAGCCAUUCAGGUACUGUCAGUGUCGGCUGAUUCUGUUUCAUAAUUGGUCUGGCACAGUAAAUGACACAAACCAAAACAGAGGUACAUUCAGACUCUACUACUGCAUACAUGUCUGUAGAUUUUACUCAUGAAUCAUCUCUGCUGUCUGCAGGGGAACACUCAGUAUUAAUAUUGCUGCUCAUAAACUGGUCAGUUGUUUUCACUGUAAACCUCACUGUUCAUAUUGUAUGUGAUGUUAUAGAAAUAUUUGUAUGUAUACUGUGUUCUUUUCAUUUGUAUCAUAGGAAACCUACUUCAGAGGCCAUAUGAAGUCUGUACUGUACAGUAAGCACUUUGCCAGUAUAGUUUCUUACCUAAAAUGGAUGAUGGCGUAUUAAUAAGAAAGCUUACCCCUCUUCCCACCGUGUCUAUAGAGCUGUCGUUCAAAUGUCGGUCAACCAACUCAGGAAUCUUUAAAGAUUUCUGGCGGUGGUCACUUGAUAUUUUUAGUCACAAGGCAGUUGAUAAUUAGCUGUCUGCUGUGUUCCUUUCAUCACUGGUAUCACAACUUUUUUAAUAAACACUGUAAAUCAUAAACUAUAGUGAGGUGCAAAAUAAUUUAAAAGAAAAAACUGAACAUUCGUGACCCCAUUUACUUGCACCAGUUUUUAUACUGUCUGUGUUAUUGUUGGUAAUAUUGUACAUGUGUGUGUGUGUGUGUGUAUGUGUGGUGUAAAGACAGUUUGCUAUGUUAAGCGUUGCAAAUCACUUUAUGCAAAAUAUUUCUACAGUAAAUGUAAAAACUAUUAUAUUCUAUGAAGUUGUUCUUAUUUUGCUAAGUGCGGUCCUGUUUUAGCAAUAAGUAUCCCAUACUGUGUGACGUAUGGACUCAUGAGCCCAGCUAAUAUUCAGGCAAAGAAUAAUUUGUGAACCGAUUUUCGUGUCUGUUUUCACCGACUCCGUCUGUGUGUAGCUGCAGUGACUCUACGGAAAAUAGCUUACGUGCCUUGUCGAAGCGCUUUAUGUGCAGGUCUUGUACUGAUAAUUUAAGUGUUCGGGACGGGUGACGAGAUACACACACACACGCAUGCACGGUGGCACAUAAAUGCCAAAGACAGUCCUCAUUUGACAAGAGUGAUACGUGGCUCAUUUGCAGAGGCUUAUCUGUGUCGUAGUGUUAUUCCCGUGUCUGUGUGAAGUCGUAACCUGAGCCACCAACUCAAAACGAUGUAACUCGGUUUAUCUUCUAUUUGCAAAUGUAUCUCUGAAUACUGUUUCUGUGUGUGUGUGUGUGUGUGUGUGCGCGUGUUCUGCUGUCACAGCCGCAGUGUUCGCUCACAACAUGAAAAGCUCUAAUCUAUAUUAAGGUACUGGUUUGGAAUGAUCAGUGAAUGUCUAAUUAUUGUACCGUCAGCAACAUUUUGCCAGACAUCUAUUUUCUAAAAACAAAAAAAAACCCAAAAUGUUAAGCUUCAUUUCAGUCUCACACAUUUCACAAGUUGCUUCCCUACACGUAUAUUUGAUAUAAAAAUGUGAUUAGUCAGAUCAGUGGAAUCAUCACAAUUAACUGAACAUCCACCAACAAAGUACUUGUCAUAAUAAUGUUUAUUUUGAUGAAAAAUACCCUAUUUUCACGUCGGUUUGAACAUAUAUGUGUAUUAGAUUAUAGUGGUGGACAAACUGUAAACAGUAAAAAGGUCAUCAUCACUCCAGCAUCGCUGUGUAAGAAUGCAUUUCUUCUGAUGUACAGACAUAAAACAUCAGCGAGGCACAUAGCAUCCUGUUGUUAGCUUGAAUGAUGACGUUCCUGUCAUUGCCGAUUGGUGCAAAGCAAUAAAAGUGAACACAUGGUGAUAUUU